AUGUCACACCAAGACGUCGACGUCGACGUGCCAGCCACGAGGAAGGCUUUCGUGCCACUCGAAAACAACCCCGAAGUCAUGACCAGUCUGGUGCGCGAACUGGGCCUCUCGCCCGCGAUCCAAUUCCACGACGUAUACUCGCUCACAGACCCAAGCCUCCUCGCAUUCCUGCCUCGCCCCGCGCUGGCUCUCCUCCUGGUCUUCCCUAUAACCGAGACGUACGAGAAAUACCGCGUGGCCGAAGACGCCUCGCGCGCCGACUACCAAGGCUCCGGCAACCCGGAGGACGUGGUGUGGUUCAAGCAGACGAUCCGCAACGCAUGCGGUCUGAUCGGCCUGCUGCACAGCGUCAGCAACGGUGGAGCCAGAGACCAUAUCGUCCCAGACAGCGAUCUGGACAAACUGCUCAAGCAGGCCGUUCCGCUGACGAACCCGGAUGAACGUGCGGACUUGCUCUACAACAGUCAGGCGCUGGAGGCGGCGCACGCCACGGCCGCGGCCAAGGGCGAUACCAGUGCGCCGGACGCCGAGGCGAAUGUGGAUCUGCAUUUCGUCGCGUUCGUCAAGGAUCAGGACGGGGAUCUGUGGGAGUUGGACGGCCGGAGGAAGGGGCCGAUCAAGAGAGGACGGUUGGGCCCGCAUGAAGAUGUCUUGAGUAAGAAGGGCCAGGAGUUGGGUGUCCAGUCGUUUUUGAAGAGGGAGGAAGAAGCUGGUGGGGGGGAGAUGCGGUUCAGUGUCAUCAUGCUGGGUCCUAGUCUGGAGUGA